AUGGCUGUUGGCAUUGGGCGGGAAGACGUCAACAUUAGACCACGUGCUGCGAGUGCAAGACAUAGUGGUGAUAGGCAAGACUUAGACAGUGGUGAUAGGCAAGACUUAGACAGUGGUUAUAGGCAAGACUUAGACAGUGGUGAUAGGCAAGACUUAGACAGUGGUGAUAGGCAAGACUUAGACAGUGGUGAUAGGCAAGACUUAGACAGUGGUGAUAGCCAAGACUUAGACAGUGGUGAUAGGCAAGACUUAGACAGUGGUGAUAGGCAAGACUUAGACAAUGGUGAUAGGCAAGACUUAGACAGUGGUGAUAGGCAAGACUUAGACAGUGGUGAUAGGCAAGACUUAGACAGUGGUGAUAGGCAAGACUUAGACCGUGGUGAUAGGCAAGACUUAGACAGUGGUGAUAGGCAAGACUUAGGCAGUGGUGAUAGGCAAGACUUAGACAGUGGUGAUAGGCAAGACUUAGACAGUGGUGGUAGGCAAGACUUAGACAGUGGUGAUAGGCAAGACUUAGACCGUGGUGAUAGACAAGACUUAGACCGUGGUGAUAGGCAAGACUUAGACAGUGGUGAUAGGCAAGACUUAGACAGUGGUGAUAGGCAAGACUUAGACAGUGGUGAUAGGCAAGACUUAGACAGUGGUUAUAGGCAAGACUUAGACAGUGGUGAUAGGCAAGACUUAGACAGUGGUGAUAGGCAAGACUUAGACAGUGGUGAUAGGCAAGACUUAGACAGUGGUGAUAGCCAAGACUUAGACAGUGGUGAUAGGCAAGACUUAGACAGUGGUGAUAGGCAAGACUUAGACAGUGGUGAUAGGCAAGACUUAGACAGUGGUGAUAGGCAAGACUUAGACAGUGGUGAUAGGCAAGACUUAGACAGUGGUGAUAGGCAAGACUUAGACCGUGGUGAUAGGCAAGACUUAGACAGUGGUGAUAGGCAAGACUUAGGCAGUGGUGAUAGGCAAGACUUAGACAGUGGUGAUAGGCAAGACUUAGACAGUGGUGGUAGGCAAGACUUAGACAGUGGUGAUAGGCAAGACUUAGACCGUGGUGAUAGACAAGACUUAGACCGUGGUGAUAGGCAAGACUUAGACAGUGGUGAUAGGCAAGACUUAGACAGUGGUGAUAGGUAA